GUCAUGCAGGACCCUGAUGAGGGCCUAGAUGGGAGAGCAGGGGCUGAAGAAGGCGAGGAUGGGCAGCAGAGUCCUCAAGGUUCCGAAGCCCAGCCUAGCUCUCAAAGUUCGGCAACCGAAGGUGACUAUGGCACCUUCCCUCAGAGUGGCCCACAAGAUUCCAGUAGCCCAGCUGCUCCUGGUAGCCAGGCUGCUCCAGGCAGUCCCUGCCCAGGGAGCCCUGUGGGGUCAGGUGCAGCUGCUGAAGAGGCAGCUGUCUUUCUCCACAAUGAGCAGCCACCACUUCUCCCUGGACCCAGCGGAGAUACUGCAUCAACAACGGGAAAUCGACUCCUGGAGUUCUCUGUAACAGUGCCUUUCAGGUCUGCAGUGGAGGCAGACAUGGCCCGCAGGUCCCUGGUCGCCAAUGCCCGUCGCCAGCAAGUGAUGGUUCAGCAGGAGUUCACAGUGAAUGCCACUGUCUUGUCUGUUAGGUGGACUACUGAAGACCCUGUCCUCUUCAGAAUUUCCAUCAACACUUUCCUUGACCAGCUCUCCCUGGUGAUGAGAAACAUUCAGCGCCUGGAAUUUGUGGCUGUUAUCAAACGAGGCCGAGGAAGAAGUCGUGAAUCCUAA